AUGCAAUACUACAAAGAUGAUUGGGAGGCACAGCAACCCGAGAAGAAGCUGCGAGUCAUCAUCCAAUUGGUAGAGAUUCAUGCAUCAUGUCCAUCGAUGGGUUUGCUGAUCGGUUUUGCAGGUCUGAAGCAAAGUGGCCACACUCCCAUCGUCCUCGAGCAGGUCAAGGAAAUUGCUGAAGUCGGUGCUGGUAUUCAGCUUGCUCCCAACAACACAAGAAUCCUAGGCCGAUUUGGCUGUCUGCCUCAAUUGAUGGAAAAAACCAACCUACUUCAGAGAAACUCCUUGCGACGUUGGAAAGACAAUGAUGAGUUGGGUACAGCUCCGCUCAUGCCAGGUGUCGCUGAGCUAUACAAGGCGCCUCUUGGAGUCAUUCACAGAGGUGAUCUUCAGGUCACUCUUCUGAAAUUUGCGCAAGAGCAAGGAUGCGAUAUCCGUACAAACUCAAAAGUUGUCAAGUGCGAUGAUAACUUUGAAGCUCGAGUUCAGCUCAAGGACGGCUCCUGGAUUGAGGGUGAUCUUGUCGUUGCUGCCGAUGGUAUCAAGUCCGAUCUCCGCCGCCAAAUUGCCGCUUUCCACAAGCACAAGGACCAUUCUACACCCACUGGCGAUGCAGCGUAUCGAAUCUUGAUCGAGAAGGAACGUAUGGAACACGAUCCUGAAGCCCUGGAGCUGCUGUCACAGAAUGUGGGUAUGCGUUGGAUGGGACCUGGAGGACACAUCAUGGCCUACCCCAUCAAGAACAACACAGUCUACAACAUGGUCUUACUUCACCCUGAGCACAAAGACGUGGAUCACGAGGAAGGAGAAAGCUGGACUCGCAAGGGCAGCAAGAAAGAAAUGAUGGAAUUCUACAAAGAGUGGAACUCGACGGUCCAGAGAUUGUUGUCCUAUGUUCAUGAAGAUGAAGUCAUGGAGUGGACGCUCAACUCACAUCGACCUCUUCCUGCAUGGCACGAAAACAAGGUGGUCCUCAUUGGUGAUGCUUGUCACCCAAUGCUUCCCUAUGUGGCCCAAGGAGCAGCUCAAGCCAUUGAAGAUGCUGGUGUCUUGCAGACCGUACUCAACAAGUCUUCAACGGAUGUCACACUUGCAAUUGAGGUCUAUGAACAGGUCCGCAAGGCUCGUGGCGAAGCUGUCCAAUCAUCGGCCUCAGAAGUUCGCAAAGCAUUACACUUGCCCGACGGUCCCGAGCAACAAGAACGUGAUGACAAGAUCCGUGCGGCUGGUAAAGGCAAAGGUCACAAUCCAGACCUUUGGGCUGACAGGGAGACUCAAAGAUGGCUCUGGGGUACAGACAUUAUGAACGAGACACUUGUCAAGUGGCCUGAAUGGAAGGCCCGAGUCUCGGGUACUCACGAGUCGGCUCUCAAUGCCAUUGUGUACACAUAA